CCUUCACGCACAUCAGUCGUGAAGCCAACAAUCUCCCAUGGCCACCACCAAGGCCAUAGCCAGAGACGAAUCCGAUUAUGAUAGUAGCUGCUCCUCCCUCACCACCGUUCCAGAAUCCAGCCGGAGCUGGAUGACCAACCUCAGCUUCAGCAGCCGUCGCCGCAGCAGCUCCGUCUCCGUUUGUUCCUCCACCACCACAGAUACCACCACCUCCUCCUCUCUGUCUCACGGCUCCCACGCCAAGCCUCACAAGGCCAACCAAGCAGCAUGGGAGGCCAUGUCCCGCCUUCGCCGCGACAGUAACGGCCAACUCGGCCUCCACCACUUCCGCCUUCUCCGGCGCCUCGGCGGCGGCGACAUAGGCAACGUCUACCUCUGUCAGAUCAGGAACCCCCUCGUUGUGGGGUCGAAACAGAGUCUCUACGCCAUGAAAGUGGUUGACAGAGAAGCGCUUUCGGUGAGAAACAAGUUGCAGAGAGCUGAGAUGGAGAAGGAGAUUCUGGGCAUGCUUGAUCAUCCAUUUCUGCCCACUUUAUAUGCUGAGUUUGAGGCGUCUCAUUACUCUUGCUUGGUCAUGGAGUUCUGUCCCGGUGGAGAUUUGUAUGCUUCUCGCCAGCGUGAGCCAGGGAAGCGAUUCAGCAUUCAAUCGGCCAAGUUUUAUGCAGCUGAGACACUGUUGGCUUUGGAGUAUCUUCACAUGAUGGGCAUUGUGUAUAGAGAUUUGAAGCCAGAGAACGUGCUGGUGAGAGAGGAUGGGCACAUUAUGCUCUCAGAUUUUGAUCUCUCUCUCAAAUGCGACGUCGUUCCCAAGCUCUUGAGAAGUAAAUCAAGUUUCAAGACGAUUCCAAGGAGCUCUUCAUCAACAUCAUCAUCUCCUGCCUGCGCCGCCCCCAUGCAAUCAUGUUUCUCAUCAGCAUCAUUUCGCAGCAAGAGCAAGAGAGAAAGUAGAGUCAUAACAAUCAUAAGAGAAAAUGUUUCAGUCCAAAAAGAACAAGAAGAAAAAGAUGACGAGGACGACAUUGAUGAUAAUGAUGAUGAUGAACCUGAGCUAGUGGCAGAGCCUAUCAAUGCCAAGUCUAUGUCAUUUGUAGGGACUCAUGAGUACCUAGCACCAGAGGUGAUUUCAGGGCAAGGCCAUGGGAGCGCAGUGGAUUGGUGGACUUUUGGAGUGUUCUUGUAUGAGAUGUUAUAUGGAAGAACACCCUUCAAAGGUGAGAACAAUGGGAAAACACUCAUAAACAUCCUGAAGCAGUCAUUGGCUUUCCCCAGAAUUGCAGCUAGCAGCAGCAAGGAGUAUGAAGAGAUGGUGAGAGUUCAAGACCUGAUAAGCAAACUAUUGGUGAAGAAUCCCAAGAAGAGAAUUGGAAGCUGCAUGGGUUCUGUUGAGAUCAAAAGGCAUGAGUUCUUCAGAGGUGUGAAUUGGGCUCUGAUUAGAUCAAUUAAACCUCCUGAGGUUCCUGCUGAUAUGAACAAGAUUAGAAGUAGCAGAGUUUUGAUGCCAAAACUAAGCAAGAAAGAUAGGGAUCAACCCUAUCAGAUUACUCAUCAUUUUGACUACUUCUAACUGUAAAAUGUAAAUAGUUUAGGCCCCCCCAAAAAAAAAGGCUUGCAAAUAUGUGUUUGUCAAGAAAGAAAUUAAGGGUUCUGUUCAGCACCCUUUUUUCCGUACUAAAGAGAGAAAUUAUUAGAAAAUUAAUAUGUGACCAAGGCACCAUACAUUGAAUUUACUUUGUUUA